AAAGAAGAUAUUUCACAAUCUUGCUCCACUUUCAUCAUCAAUUCAGAGAUUAGUGUGUAAACAUCACGUGAUCAUAAUCAUAUGAUUUGCCAUCAUAUAUCAACUUUAAAUCUGUCGCAAACGCAGUCCACAAAGAAAAUGGUCUUGCGGUUCACUGUGCUGUUAGCGUUUACUGUGUGUAACGUUGUCGAUGGAUACACGUCAGACUUGAAAUUUGAUGAAUACUGUGAUGAUUACGACACCAUAACCAUCUAUAGUGACGAUGUUUAUUACGUCAAAUGGAGCGGAACCCCUUUAUCAGACACCUGUUCUUUCCAAUUCAGUCCCUUUGACUCCGAUUAUAAAGUAUGCGUCGAGGCGACGAGUUUUUACAUCUCAAGUUGUAGCACCCGCCUCAAAUAUUAUGGAGGGCUUAUAGCAAGCGAUUUGGAAGACAGCUAUACCUGUUUUGAUCCCACCCCUGACAAGUUCUGUGGUGAUACAUUCGAUGACGUCAAGAUCCGCCUAACAACAUCUUCUUCCUCGUUGUUACCAGGAUACUUUACAUUGAAAGUAACAGCAAAAAACGGAAAUAGAGUUGGUAUUGUUGCGGGAUCAGUCGUUGGUAGUAUCGUCUUUGCUAUCAUCGUCGUCGCUGUGAUCAUCGUAAUCUGUCGACGACGCCGGUAUUACCCUCCAGGCGUGAUAGUGAGUCCUGCAAACCAACCGCAGGUUGUGACUUCUACAUCUGCAUAUUCUGGAGGAGUUGUGAAUCCGAAUUAUUCUAACGCUGCAGGGGCGGGAGGUGUGAUGAAUUCGUACCCACCACCAUAUAACGCCACCACAAAUCAUCCGCCUCCAUACACCGGAAGUACAACGUCAUAUCCUAACCCCGGACAGAACAACGCCUAUCCCUCUGGAUAUCCGAAUCAGCUUCCGAAUAACCAAAUUUAAACUUCUGUCAUAAUUUCGACAAUGUAUGUUUUGAGUUGGCAUAUUGUAUAUAUGCACUGUAAUUCCAUACUAAAGUUAUGAAUAGAUGAAAUUGAUUCUUCGAAAUUGCACAUUUUGAUGCAUGUUGAUUUUUAAUUACAAAAUUGUAAAAAUUCUCAAAUUGAUUAAUACGUUCUGUAUAUUGUGAAUGUUGAAAAUAUCGAAUUUCCCAAGAUGAGUUUGAGCAGCUAGUGGAUCUAAGAAUAAUUUAAUUAGUCCGUCAUUCCGGAAUUCUUGACAAUGAAACAUACACAAAACAAGAAUAGCCAAACUGGAGACAUUAGAAUAAAGUAAGGACCACACAUUGAGACUCGACAAAGGAAAGAUGAAAUGAUGUCAGGAGAACAUGGAGAAGUUUGGAUUAUGUAAUAUUUUAGUCUUGAUCGACAAUCCUCACUGUUUUAAAUCAUUAUCACCAUCACUAACCAUAGUCUGUAAUCUAGAAAGGUGAGCACAAAUAUAUCGGAACCAGAUUAAAAAACUAUUUCUUGUGUAUGAGAAGGAGGGAGAGAGAAAAAGAAGAGAGACAAUAGCUUAUCUUUGAAAUCUUUGUUGGGAUACUACCUGUGUUAACGACAUAUCUUUAUAUAUGUCUCUGGUUCUAGUAGUGCAGGAGAUUUGUCUUUCAAAAAAAUCUUGCUGUAGAGAUAAAUAAAGUAUCAGUUGGGAAUAUCUUAA